AUGGAUGAUAACCAAUAUCGAAUGAGGCUCGACAAGGUGUCAGAACAUCCAUCUAUUCAUAGGGAAAUAGUUCGACCCUUGCAAUCACCAAUCGAUUCCAGUUCAUUUGAUGUUGAAGCAUCAACUUCUAGGAUUCAAGCAUUUUCGACUUCAUCUUCUCAGAAAAGGCAGCUAGAAGUAGAUAAAAUGAAUGGCAUCAAGUUAGGAGAUGCAACGCAAAGUUUCAAUCAAACACGAAUCAAUGGGAUAACGCAGGAAAGGAUAACCAUUACGAAAAGAAGGAUUCAAGAAAUAGAACUUCGUUUUUCUUCUCUUCAUUUCCGAAGAACUAUGGCACAAAGGAGAUAUAUGUACGAGGAAUUCCAAAAUUUAUGCGAGAUUGAUGAAGUUAUCACCUCCCCCAAAAGGAAUAUUAGAGGCGGGUGCUACAGUUUCGUUAGGUUUUUUGACGAUACAGAUGAAGACAUUCUGGAAGUGAAGUUGGAUAACAUAAUUAGUGGGAGUAGAAAAAUCUUUGUGAAUGUUCUGUAA